CUCAAUCCGAACCACACGGCUCGUACCAACCCGAACUUCCGCUUCGUCCCCAACCUAGGCUCAUUCAUUUAUUCUACUGUUCGUUGAAAAUUUCGCUCCAUCACUAUAUCUCUCUCUGAAUCCCUCCUCUUCUCCCGUUUUCACACCGAUUCAAACCCUUGCUUCAACCUUCAACAUCCACAAACCUCCGAUUUCGAUCUCCACCGGCGGUUAUCGCUCAAUUUUCUUAACUACAGUUUUGAAUAUGUUCUUGAAAUUGAAGGAUCAGAGAGAGUUGAGUUACGGGAGUAGCGGGAUCUUUUGAAGUUUGAACUGUCAAAAUUCAAACACCGCUCUGCAGAUCAGAUCAGAUCAGAUCAGAUCAGAUCAGAUCAGAUCAGAUCAGGAGAUCGAUAGGUUAUAAUGAAAUACGGGUUAAACCUAAGAGCUCCAUCAUCCCAACAAAAAAAACAACCCCUUCGCCCUUCUGCACUUGGUUUUGGUGAUGACGAUGAUGAUGAUAUCGAAAGAGAAAUUUCUCGACAAGCCAGCAAGAACAAGGCUCUUAAGGAUGUAGAGGAACAACAUAAGAAAGCAUUAGAGGAGGAUCCUUCAGUGUUUGAUUAUGACGGUGUAUAUGAUGACAUGAAGCAAAAAGCUGUCCGCCCUGUUGCACAGGAUCGUCAAGAAAGAAAGCCUAGGUAUAUUCAAGCAUUGAUAGACAAAGCAAAAGUGCGCGAGCGAGAACAUGAGAUAAUAUAUGAGAGAAAGCUUGCAAAAGAGAGGAGCAAAGAAGACCAUCUCUUUGCAGAUAAGGACAAAUUUGUUACGGGAGCGUACAAAAGGAAACUUGCAGAGCAAGCAAAAUGGUUGGAGGAAGAACGAUUGCGUCAACUUCGUGAGGAAAAAGAAGAUAUUACUACUAAGAAAGGCGGUGAUAUGACCGAGUUCUACUUCAAUCUGUCAAAAAAUGUGGCUUUUGGAGCAAGAGAUGGGGAGUCAACAAAGUCCCACAAGCAUACAGAGGAGUCAAAGAGUCAAAGUCAACUAUCAGCAGAAGAGACUAUUGGUGAAGCAUCUAAGAAAAGAUCUGAAAUCAUUGAAGCAGAAGAAAAUAUUGGCGAAACAUCCAAGAAAACAUCUGAAAGGAUUGAAGAAGAACCUGUUUCUGAUUCUCAUAAGCAACAAGUCUCGCAGAAUGAAGAAACUAAACCACCAAUAGAUCAUCAUAAACGAAACCAAGAUGCGUUGGCUGCUGCAAAAGAGCGAUUUCUUGCAAGAAAGAAGACAAAGUUAAAUGCGGAUUUGUGAUUUUAUUUCUGGAUUUUGUUAUGAAAGCUUGAGACAAGUGGGACCCGUCUUCGUUAGUUAUCUCGAGUUGAAACUAUACAUUGUCGUCGUUCGAAAUUUACUAGCAUAA